GUACAAGUUGAUAAUUACAAUACAAACAAUGAGUAUCAAAGUUUGAAGUGGUAAUGACUGUGCAUAUCAUUUCUACAAAAUGAAUUAUUUUUUGCUAUAUAUAUUUCUAUUUAUUUUACACAAUGUUAAAUCGCUAGAAAAAGAAAUAACCGUUUAUAUCGAAGCCGGUACAGAAUCUUGUUUUUACCAACCCAUUAAAAAGGGAGAAAUAGUAGAUCUCGAUUAUCAAGUGAUUGAUGGAGGCCAUGGGGAUUUAGAUAUAAAUUUCAAUUUAGUUCAUCCAAAUGGAAGAAUUCUCUUAACUGAUUUCAAAAAGUCUGAGAAUACCCACCGAAUUGAUGUUGUAGAAGAGGGAGACUACAGGUUUUGUUUUGAUAAUUCUUUUAGUUCAUACAACACCAAGACUGUAUUUUUUGAAUUGAUAGUAGAAGGGGAUGAUAAUGGGGAAUGGAGUAGUGAAAAUAUGAAGUUUAAUACAGAAGAUGAAGAUUUUGAAGUUAAAAUAAGUGAUGUACAAAAAAUAGUAAGUACUGUGAGGAUACAUCUGACUAAAAUUAGGUACUUACAAGAAUUAAUUAAAUCCACAGAAGCCAGAGAUAGAAAUGUUGCUGAAGAAAAUUUCUUUAAAGUUAAUACAUACUCGAUGGUCCAGUUAUCCCUAAUGAUCAUUGUUGGGUUUAUUCAGGUAGUUAUGGUAAGAAGUCUUUUUGAUGAUCAUUCAAGAGUACAUAAGAUUUGGAAAAAUUUAAAUAAAAGGCUAAUUUAAUAAGAGAAUUAUUGAGAGAAACUGUUGUUACUGGUGCAUCAAAUAUACCAAACUCAAAUU